UCAUGCUGCUGCCAGGUCCAGAGUCUCUCAUGGGUCCCUGUACGGCCUCCCAUUGCUGCUGUCUCCAUCGCCACACUCUGCCAUGUGCCACUUUCAGGUCUCCUCACACUGCUGGUGUGUUCCAUUUUUUGUCAUAGGGUGCUGGCAGAUUACGGGCCUCCCAUAGCUGCUGCCAGGCCCCUAAUCUGCCAUGGGCCCCUAUACCGCCUCCUCAUGCUGCUGCCAAGUCCAGAGUCUCUCAUGGGUCCCUGUACGGCCUCCCAUUGCUGCUGUCUCCAUCGCCACACUCUGCCAUGUGCCACUUUCAGGUCUCCUCACACUGCUGGUGUGUGUUCCAUUUUUUGU